CGUUUGUAGCGCGUAGAGAUGUCAAGUGAAAUAGCAUGCCAGCCAAUUUAAUUGGGAUUUAGCUAGCUUAAUAUAUUUGUUGCCACAUCAUAUUUUAUGUAUAACAUAAGGAGACACAUCUGUUAACUUGGAUGACAGUCUUGGUAAGUAGCGUUAGCAAGCUUCAGAUGCUCCUGGUCAAGACUACAUGGCAAGUUAGCUAAAUUAGAACAUACUUUUUGACGGAUGCUGAAGUUGAGGGAUGUUGUGUUUGCAUGUCAAGGUUAGUUCAGGUGUUGUUUGCUAGUUACUAACUACGUUAGUUACCAGCAAAUGUUAUGUUGCUGCUCGCGCAUGGGGUUGGAUUCCAGCAUGCUCCCCCUGCUUCCUGCCAAUGUUGUCAGCUAGCUACUGUAACUUCCUGUAUUUUCAAUGGCUAUUGUGCUAAAUAAAUUGGUCCCUGGUUUUGUAAUCAUUCAUUUUACAUUGUUUUUAAAAGGUGUCUCCUCCAUUAUGUCCUCGGAUGACCAUCUUGCACAGAGGGAGAAACUCGAACGCCAAAUUCUGGCGCUCGAGCGCACCCUUGGUCCCGAAAGCAACUCAAUUGAACUAUCUUCAGACAGUUGUUCAUCUGGUGGGUAUCUGAAGUAUAUUAAAGCAGUAGCGGUGCGUGGGUAAAAUCACUGGGGGAGCCAUAUUACAACCUAUGUGUUGUGAUAAUUGCGUUUUUUGCUCUAUUUUGUUGAUGAUCACAAGUUUACUGGAGAACGGAGACCAAGUAGAGACUUUCGGACAAGGUGGAUAAUUGUAUAAUAUAAGGCAGUUUAUUCAGAGGUAAAGAUAUCUGAAAAUAGCGUGCACGGACCCGUUCGUCAAUCUCGUAGGGAGAUAUCUGAGAGCGAGCCCCUAAACAUUGUGUGCUGACAUUUUAUACAAUAAAAUAAAGUAGGUUGAUUCUAGUAGUUCUGAUCUUCUGAUUGGUCCUGAUGAGUUGGUCGAGGUCACCUCCAUUGCAUUGGCUCUGAGUCGGGUUCUCUGUCUUCAGAUGUUCAGCCUAAGAGAAGGGGGUUUUUGUGUGUGUGUGUGCUUAACAAUGAUGAUGUGUGUGUGUGUGUGUGUGUGCGUGUGUGUAUGUGUGUGUGUGUAUGUGUGUGUGUGUGUGUGUGUACGUGUGUGUGUGUGUGUGUGUAUGUGUGUGUGUGUGUGUGUAUGUGUGUGUAUGUUUAACAAUGAUGAUGUGUGUGUGUGUGUGUGUAUGUGUGUGUGUGUGUGUGUGGGGGUGUGUGUGUGUAUGUCCUCAGAGCAAGAACUCGUGAGUUGGGAGAACUGAGAGACCUAUGGCGUGGGUGUUGUCCAUAGCCACCUGCUGAUAAGGCCGACAAGAUAGAAGUCUUUGUGCAUUGUAUUAAAUACAAAGGCCCAACACAAGAUGGGUCAUGCACAAGAUUUUAGUCAGACCAAGCUAUAACAUUAUAUAUUUACUACGACAAUAACCUGUUAAUUCAUAUGCCUUGCGACCAUGAUAUUAUAUAUAUAUAUAUAUAUAUAUAUAGUAGGCUGAGACAAUAAGAAGACAGUGGCAGAAAACCAGAUAGCAACCUAUGUCCAGUAAAGUCCACAAAGCAUAUUGCAUGUACAGUAAGUGGUCUGACAUUUUCGGACCACUAAACAACUAUUGAUUUAUAACCAGUUAACGUUACCUUACCGCAAAUCGCAAAGAAAACAGGAGCUUCCUCCACUAUUCCAGCACCAUUUCAACUUCAACAUUUCAACGUCAUAAAAUCACCUCUGCUUAGUCUAAUACAGUGACAACUAAAAGAUACCAAAAACUAUUUAGUCCAAUCAACGUAAGCUAAAUAUGAUGAGGGUGUCCAUGGUUCUGAUUUCUGUGCGUGACAUCCUCUUCUCUUUCAAGUUAACGAAACUGUCAAUCACUCUGUCACACAGUACAUGCUUUUAUUUUUUUGUUGUCCUAGGCUACCUGGCUAAAAUGCUUGCUCGCUAUCCUAACUUCCGUUCAUGGGCAACGUUAGCUAGUUAACAGCCUUCUACAUCUAGCUACAUAUUGAACUGCCAUCCUCUUAAGGCCAGGGGCACAACAAUGUAUGAAUUAAUGGUUGGUUCAGAAUCGCCUUUAUAAUCAUUGGCCAGUGACAUACAUUCAGCCUCUUGUGAAUUUAAGGAAAAUUAUGAAACACAGAAAAUUAUAGUAUGUUUUUUUUAAUUUAAUUUUUUGGGUAAAUGUUUUGGGGAAGCCUGGCUUCCGUUGGCAUCCAUGAAUACACGCCACUGUAUUAGUCUUUUUGCCAGCGUGAUGGCCCGUGGACUCUGGGUGGUAUCCUUGGGAUUAGAUGGGGGGUGUUGCUUCUGCAUCAUUGUUGCAGUGGGUUUGCAGAGAGAGACCCUGACCCCAAGUUUUGCAGAAGUUAUCUAUCUAGAUUUCGCCUAUGGAUAGUAUUAAAUGCAUAGAAAUAACGAACCAUUGACUUGAAUGGGAACUUCCAUUCUAUUAAUUAUAUUUCUAUGCAUUUAAUCCUAUCGAUAGGUGAAAUCCAGAUGGAUAACUUUAGAAAAAAUGGGCCCAUGUCUAAUCUUGCCUAAUGACUCACCCCAAAUUUAAUUCCGCUGCUCUAUCGAUCGCUACACGUCAGUUGCAGGAGCAAUGUAGAUGGGUAGCCAGGCAAGGUCUAAUCAUAGAAUGCAAUUUAGUCUCCACAACUCCUUGGCUGUGUUUGCUUGGCUAACGGCUUUCUAAAUGUAAUUCGUUUUUUUAAAAACUGUUGGCAGAUGAUGGAUCAGACGACAAUGCAUCUCAACCAGAAGAUUUGGUAAGACUCAUUGACAUUUAUGUUUACAUUUACAUUUUAGUCAUUUAGCAGACGCUCUUAUCCAGAGCGACUUACAGUUAGUGAGUGCAUACAUUAUUUUUUUAUACCCCCCGUGGGAAACGAACCCACAACCCUGGCGUUGCAAACGCCAUGCUCUACCAACUGAGCUACAUCCCUGCCGGCCAUUCCCUCCCCUACUCUGGACGACGCUGGGCCAAUUGUGCGCCGCCCCAUGGGUCUCCCGGUCGCGGCCGGCUACGACAGAGCCUGGAUUCGAACCAGGAUCUCUAGUGGCACAGCCUUAGACCACGGCGCCACUCGGGAGGUCAUCACCAAUAGUACCGUGUUACCAUGAUUUUUCUCAGGUGAAUUGAGAAAUAAUGUUAACCUGCUCUUCUAGGGUCCUCCGGGGAACCUGGAGGCAGAGCGGGAGCGAAUACAGAGAGAGAUUGAAGAGUUGGAGCGCACUCUUGGCCCAGGUGCAUCUAAUGCUGAGAUUCUGUCAGGUAGCCCUUGCCUUGUGUUCUUUAAACAUGUUAUGCAUUGUUUCAUGGAUACGUUUUCCUGCUAGUAUACAUUUCUACCAUGUGUGACCUCUUUUAUAAUGUGUUGAAACAGAUGAGGAUGGCCAAGGAAGUGAAACAGAAUCGGUUCGUAUUGAUGAUCAUUUUCACUAUUCUAACACUCCAGUUUUCAGUUUGUCACAUGAUGUAAAUAAUGCAGUAUAUAAAGUGUCUGUAAAAUGCCUGCCCUCUCCUUUCUCCCACAUCUGGUAGAGCAAAGAGGACAGUGCUGAGGAGCUGGACCUACCCCAGAACGCAGAUACAUGUCUGCAAAUGAACCUUGUUUAUCAGGAAGUGUUGAAAGAGAAAUUAGAGGAGCUGGAGCGACUAUUAUCAGACAAUCAACAGCAACAAGUAAGAGGCCAACAACUAAAAGCAUACUGCUUUUCUUAAAGGUGCAGUACGGAAUCUGUGAAUCUGUUAAAAGAAGCUGUGCAAUGUCCAUGCAAUGUAAUAAUGUCUGUCUUUCCCUACAGAAAGAGAUUAUGACUCAGCUGUCUGGCACAGGAACUCCCCAGGCUACUACAUCUGGACAACCCACACUGAAGCUUUUCUUGGGGAGCUUUCUGAAGCCCUAUUUCAGAGAUAAAGUCACAUGUCUGGUAGGUAUGAGUCUGCAGAUUCAGUACAAUAUGAGCAGGGUCAGCGGGUUAUAGCUUUGGUCGAAGGGAUAUCUCCAUGUUUUAACAUUACCUCUCCGAUUCCCACAGGGCCCACCUGCUAAUCCAGAAGCCAGGGAGAAGAUGAGUAAAAGGAUCAGACCUACUGACAACGUCAAGAUGAAAAGAUGUGAGUCUAAAAAUAAUAAUCGUUAGACCUUAGUGCUUCUUGCAUCCUUGUUAUGUGACAUCACCACUAUGGGAAUGUGACGUGGUGUCUUGAUUACUUUUAAAUUGGGGAUUUUGUAUUUUCAGGGGAAGGGUGGCAGAAGACUCUGCUGAUAAAUGCUGUCAUCAAAGACAGCAGGAAACGCAUGAUACAGCCCAAGCUGUCCAAGUAAGUAAAGAGUAAAGGGUUAUUGUUUUCCCCUGAAGAGUAUCUUUGCAGAGUAUUUUAUAUAAAAAAAUGUAUUCAUCAUGUACAGUGCCUAUAGAAAGUCUACACCCCCUUGAGCCUAUGGAAGAAGAAUCUAUAACACAACAUUUCAACUGCAACGUUUGAACCUUUUUCACAUUUUGUUGCGUUUUGAAGUGGGAUUGAAAUAGAUGUAAUUGUGAUUUUUUUGUCAUUGAUAUACACAAAAUACUCCAUAGUGUCAGUGAAUUUUUUUUUCAUAUUUUGUUUUACAAAUCAAUAUAAAUUAAAUAACUAAAAUAUAGUUGUUGUAUAAGUAUUCGCCCACUUUGUUUAGGCAAGACUAAAUUAGUUCAGAAGUAAAAUUUGGCUUAACAAAUCACAUAAGUUAUAUGGACUCACUCUGUGUGAAAUAAUAGGGGUUGACAUGAUUUUUGAAUAACUACCCCUUCCUCUUUCCCCCAUAAAUACAACAUCUGUAAGGUUCCAAAGUCAAGUAUUGAAUUUCAAUCACUGAUUAAACUACAAAGACCAGGGAGAUUUUCGAAAGCCUCAUAAAGAAGGGCAGUGAUUUGGUAGAUGGGUUACAAUAACUAAUCAGACAUUGAAUAUCUCUUUAAGCAUGGUGAAGUUAAUAGUUAUGCUGUGGAUUAUGUAUUAAACCACCCAGACACAUCAAAGAUUCAGUCGUCCUUCUGAACUAAGCUGCAGGACAGGAAGGAACCUGCUUAGGGAUGUUACCAUGAGGCCAUUGGUGAUUUUAAAAAGGCUACAGAGUUCAAUUACAUUUGAGUAAUUUAGCAGACGCUCUUAUCCAGAGCGACUUACAGUUAGUGAGUGCAUACAUUUUACAUACUGGCCCCCCGUGGGAAACGAACCCACAACCCUGGCGUUGCAAGCGCCAUGCUCUACCAACUGAGCUACAGGGGCUGUGAUUGGAGAAUUCAACAACAUUGUAGUGACUCCACAAUAAUGACCUAAAUGACAAGAAGAAAAAUAUACAGAAUAAAAAAUAUUCCUAAACAUGAAUAUGUAUGCAACAAGGCACUAAAGUAAUACUGGAAAAAAAAAACGUCAUAGAAGCACACUUUUUGGCCUAAAUGCAAAGCCUUAUGUUUGGGGCAUGGUGGUGGCUGCAUCAUGGUGUGGGUAUGCUUGACAUCAGCAAAGACUGGGGAGUUAUUCAGGAUGAAAAGAAACAGGAUGGAGCUAAGCACAGGCAAAAUCUUAAAGGAAAACCUGCUUCAGUCUGCUUUACCCCAGACACUGGGAGAGGAAUUCACCUUUCAGCAGGACGAUAAACUACAACACAAAUCCAAAUCUACACUGGAGUUGCUUACCAAGAAGACAGUGAAUGUUCCUGAGUGGCCUAGUUACAGUUUUUACAUAAAUCUGCUUGAAAAUCUAUGGCAAGACUUGAAAAUUGCUGUCUUGUCAUGAUCCCCAGCACUUGACAGAGCUUGAAGAAUUUUGAAAAGAAUCAUUUAUAACCUUAUGUAUGUGCUUUGCACACCUGCCAGAGGUGUUACUAACAUGUAUUGACUCGGGUGAAUACCUAUCUAUUCACGCUAUAUUAGUGUUUUAGUUUUCAUGAAUCUUUAAAAAAUGGUAGAAUUUUUCUUCCACUUUGACGUUACAGAGGAUUUUAUGUAGAUCGUUGAGGAAAAAUUAUAAUUAAGUCUAUUUCAAACCCACUUUGUAAAGUAACAAAAUUUGAAAAAAGUUCAAGAGGGUGUAGACUUUCUAUAGAUGGAUUUUGAAAUGGUAAUGUGUUAUUCGCUCCUGUGCUUUUCAAAAUGUAGCAAAACUUCAGAUUUUUACACAGGGUGUACGAAAUGUAGGUUAACAUUUUAAUGAGGAUUGUUGUCUGCCCAUCUGUUGGAGGCUUUAACAAAUGAAAAUGUUCUACUCUGUCUGAAAAUAGUAGUGCAGACCGACUGUCAUAGCUGUUUUGUUUUAUUCUUGUUUGUUUUGCUUUUUCAAGCGCUUUGAGAUUAUUUCUGUGAAGAAAAGCGCUAUAGAAGUUGAAUAGAUUAUUAUUAUUAACCCAAUGGCCUUCAUGAAUAACACGUUUUUUGUCUCAUAGGGUAGAAUACCUUACACAGAAAAUGGUCAAAGCUGAAAACGUGGAAAAGCAAAUCCUGCGGAAACAAAUCACUGAAAUUGAAAAGGACAUUGAGGCCAUCAGGUGAGUCCCAUCAUAACUCUUUAAUGGGUAAUAAUGACCUAGCCUAUUAAUUCCAAGAUGAGUCAGGUUAUCUUGUCAGACAGGUCUGUUUUGUGUUUGUUCUCACUUUACAUGAAGAGAUUAGAUGGAUUUGAAUUGUUUAAUCAAUAUGUAUUGUAAUGUUUAUUCCUGAGUCAAACCAUUGCUGUUUAACUGUUGCCGGAUCUGCUUUACCUUUCAGUGCACUGAAGGAGGAUGAGCUGCUGGCUGGCCGCUAUGAUGACCAUGACUGGCAAAAGAUUUCCAAUAUUGAUGUGGGUUGAGUAACUUCUGUCAUCUCCCCCAUUCAUAUGUUUGUUUUCCUAUUGUUAAAAAUGCUUAAGUGUUGAUGCUAAAAUCUUAUUCCUAUCCAGUUUGAAGGCAUCCGUGAAGCUGAGGACAUAAAAAGCUUUUGGCAGAACUACCUGCAUCCCUCCAUUAACAAAGCCAGUUGGAAGGAAGACGAAAUUGAGAUGCUCAAGAAAGUCGCUGUAAAAUAUGGACACCACAACUGGGAUCAGAUUGCUGAUAAACUUGGGGUAAGAGCAGACAGAUAGGAUUGGCCAAUCAUGACUCAUGGUCAUUACCCCUUCCUAUCAGUGGGAUCCAGAGGUGCUAGUUCCAGUCCUGAUUUGCACAGUUUGAUUGAUUGGGCUUUGUUUAGAGACAAGUGCCUGAUACUGAACUGUUAAGUUUCUCGGUAGUAGGUAGAUCAAGUGUAAUUCCCUGAACGUCUAACACAACCCAUUUCUUUGAAUGUGUAAACUAUUCAGUAUUAUCCAUUCCCCCCCUGUCUGUCUCACACAGACCAACAGGACAGCCUUCAUGUGUCUCCAGACGUACCAGCGCUACAUCUGCACCGACUUCAGGAGGAGGAAGUGGGGCGGCGUGGAGGACGAGAUCCUCAGAGAGCUGGUUGAGAAGAUGCGUAUCGGGAACUACAUCCCUUACACCCAGAGUAAGUCCCCACCACCCAGUGUUCACCCUGGGUUUUAUGCAUUAAAUAUGUUAUUGUUUGUGCACAUCGAUGACUGUUGUUCUUAUUGUUGGCCCCAGCUUAUGUCCCCUUCAUUGUAAGGCUCCAGUGAGGCGUAAAGCUCUCGGGAUACUACUGUCCCCUGCUCUACUCUACUAAUUAUUUUCUCUAGACAAAGUGCUUGUUCAAUACAAGAUACUGUAGCUUGUCGCGGUAGUGCAUUGUGUGUUGGGUUCUGGAAAUUUCACUUGCUUUCUCCGUGAUUUCUGUUUUACUCCAGUCUCCUAUUUCAUGGAGGGCCGGGAUUCAUGCCAGCUGAUGUAUCGGUGGACUCAGGUUCUGGACCCCACCCUCAAAAAAGGCUAUUGGUCUAAAGAAGAAGAUGAGGUAUGGUCAGGAGGGUUUGGGGCAUUUUUGUUGUGAAAUUGAUGUGGUUACAAGGACAUUUUGAGAAGUCCCGAUAUGUAUAGUUAUUUGAUAAUAUAAGUUGGUUGUUGUUGCAGAUGCUACUGAGAGCAGUGGCUAAAUACGGGGUGGGGAACUGGUGGAAAAUCCGUCAGGAUGUGCCUGGCAGAAAUGAUGGCCAGUGUAGGGACAGGUGAGGACUAACAUGGACUGAUCGAUAAUGCCAAUAUAUUGACCAAACUCUCACAACAUUCACUGACCAUUUCCCUGAUUGCCACCCCAUUUUAGUUAACUCAAACUUUAAAAAGUGUUAGAACAUACUGUCACUGACAAACUUUGUUUUAUUCUGUAGGUAUGUGGACGUCCUGAUUGGGAACGUGAAGAAGGGGCCCUUUGAUGAGCAGGAAAAGGCACAGCUCAGACGAUUGGUGGAGAAAUAUGGACGUAGGAACUGUUAUAGAAAGCUGACUAUUUCAAAAUAAUCCAUCAUCUUUCUUGAUAAUAAUCGUCUUACAGUUAAUUUUGUCCCUUUUUAUAGGUAAAUGGUCUAAGAUAGCUGCCGAGAUCCCCAACAGAAUUGACUGCCAGGUCCUUCAACAGUGGAGGCGAAUGACAGGGUACAAGGUGAGUGUUGACUAUGUAGCCUUUAUGUCCCCCUUAACUCAAUCUGUGACUCUGGACACAGUUGAUUCUUGUUUUUGUAAACAGCCCAGACCUCAGAGGGACAAAAGGAAAAGAGCAUUGCAGAGAAGGAGAAAGACAGCGGCUGUGAGGAGCAUCAAGAGUAGGCUGAUGAGGCUAGACGAUGAUGUGCACUCGAGCUCCGAUGAGGAGGAGAACGUUGAGAUGGAGUUUAUGGACAGUGACGACGAGAAGAAACAGCAGAAGUUCUUUGAUCUGUCUGAUCAGGAAAGUGACAUUAUCGAAGACUACACCCAACCAGACAUAGAGCAAUGGAUCCCCAUGCCAGAGAAGGAGUUUGAAGGGCUGGGGAAGGUGAGGAGCAUGAUGGUUGAACGGCCCAGCAAGAAUACAAUGCAAGAGCAGGCAGCGACGGACAGCCAGGCCGCAGCACGCAAGUUCACAGUGGUACGCUCCACCAUCCUGGACCGCUUUGGCAAGCCUGCUGCCACUGUCAUUGGACAAAACCCCCCAAUCCUAGCAAAGAAGGUACCGGCAUUUAUUUAUUUAUAAACAAUCAUGUGAGGUGUUGCACCAUUAUGUGUAACGUUAGAACUUAUGCACAUUUUCAACACCUGUCCCUAUUGUCAUUUUGUUCCCACUGUCUCUGCUGUGGCUCUGCAACAGCAACCAUAAAUAUUGACUUCAUCAGAGUAUUACAAAACAGGAUCAUUAAGCUAGGCAGUUAACAUGAAUAAACAUUGAAACAUGAAUCAGCUGUUUGGAGUGUGGAGUCAAUUACACCAUGCUCAUUUAAAGUGAGUGUCUCUGUUUAUAAACUCUGAAAUAUGAUUAUUAUUUUAGAAUAUGUAGGAAAGUUAGCAAGCUAAGCCAUUGAUCCUGCUUUGUGACGUAAAGUAGCAUGUGACAUUCUCUGUAUGUGUUCCUUCUAAAGGAUUAUAACAGUGACCUGGCCAUGCUCAAGGUGUGCUACGGAGAGGUGAGAAACAUAAUCGCUUGGAAGAAAACCAAUGCCACAAAACACGUAAGUCGCCAGGUGACGCUCCCAAAAAAAGAUCUAUAUUUUCAUUGAGCCUCUCUUUGUGGUGAAGCAAGUGUUUUAAUUGCUUUUUGUCCCAAACAAAGAUGUUUCCAGUGGGAACAUUUUUAUUCAUUUGUCCGUAUAAAUGUUAAUAAAAUAUGUUGAUUUAUUAUUAGAAUACAUCAAUACAUCUGACCAUUUCAUACAAAUACGUAGAUUAUAAACUGUUGAAUCAAGGUUAGAAGGGAGUGAAAAAAUAUGUUGUCGUCAUAGUUGUGUGCUCAACGCUUUAGUUGCAUGGCCCACCUAGAUCAAUCUAUGACACAGAUGAAGCUUUGUUUAUACAGAGGUCUUCUCCUUGUAAAGCCUGUGAUGCAUGUCUUCUGUUUUCUAGCCCAUGUAUUUGUCUCUGCAGAAAAACAGUGGGUCUAUGAGCGGUGACCAGGGGACGCCCCACAAUUCCUCAAGGCAAAAGGACUCCUCUGCCAAAAGUGAAACCUGCACCACUCUCAACUAUUCCCUUCAGUUGGCAGUCACUCCCUGGGUGGGCAAUGUGCUUAUACCGCCACCACUCUUUUCAAACAAGCGCCGUGAAGGUACUUUAUGAGAUGUCAAGGCAAUAAGUCACAACUUCUCUCUCACUUGUAGAAAAUGACUAUUUGCAUUUUGUUCGUUUCAUAAGAGUUGUUUCAGGACUGAACCAAUGACUUGACUUGAUCCUACGAUCUCUUGUUUUUGUAGCGGACAUGGUGCGAGAGAGAGCAGAGAGCAUUGGACUCACCAAUACCCCAGUGUUCUUGUUCUUUCUGCAGGUAAGGAAUGAACCCACAAAUACAACACUUUCUAUGAAUGAGCACAAUUAUGUCAUUUCAUAUUAUGCCAGUCAGGUUUUACUUAAGGAUGCAAGCUCCUAGGCCAGCGUUUCCCAAACUAGGGGUCGCGAUCGCCUGAUUUGAAAAUAGGGUCGCGAGAGAAACUCUAAAAAUAAAUAAAUAAAAUUGUGCUUGGUUCAUAGAACCGGUGUACCUUAGUAACCUCCGGUAGCCACUUGAUGUGGUUGUAAUAAACGGGGGGGUUCUGUUUUCUUCCUAAAAAUGUGCCUCUAUCUUUUGAACCGUUUAAGCUACAAAAUAUUAUGAGCCCAUCACUGAAAGAUAAGACUCUCAGGAACACAUACACUGAGUGUACAAAACAUUAAGGACACCUGCUCUAUCCAUGACAUAGACUGACCAGGUGAAUCCAGGUGAAAGCUAUGAUCCCUUAUAGAUGUCACCUGUUAAAUCCACUUAAAUUAGUGCAGAUACAGGGGAGGAGACAGGUUAAAGAAGGAUUUUUAAGUCUUGAGACAAUUGAGACAUGGAUUGUGUAUGUGUACCAUUCCGAGGGAGAAUGGGCAAGACAAAGUACUUAAGUGCCUUUGAACGGGGUAUGGUAGUAGGUGCCAGGCGCACCGGUUUGUAUCAAGAACUGCAACGCUGCUGGGUUUUUCACCCUCAACAGUUUCCCGUGUGCAUCAAGAAUGGUCCACCGCCCAAAGGCCAUCCAGCCAACUUGACACAACUGUGGGAAGCAUUGUAGUCAACAUGGGCCAGCAUCCCUGUGGAACGCUUUUGACACCUUGUAGAGUCCAAUAUCUUUCUGAUGCAUUUCAGUCACUUCAAACCAUACUUCCUUCAGAUUGAAAUACUGUUCUGUCAAAAGUAGUGUCAGACUGAUUUGUAAAAGACUGUCAUAGCCCAAAUUUAAAAAGUAAACAUUGGCCGCUGAUUACAUUAUUAUUAUUUUAUAUAAAAAUGGGGUCGCUGGCCAAAACAGUUUGGAGACCCCUGACGUAGGCCUAUGCAGAUAUUAUGGCCAGUAACAUACAGGAAAGAUUGAACACAUUUUACAACAAAUGUUCUUUAUUGGCAUAUCAAGAGCACAUGACUAGCUAUUAUGGUACACAAUGAAUGCAUCAUAACAUCAGCCCAGAUUAUCUGAAAAAGGUUAACUGAUUAUAAUACCAUAUUUUGAAUCCAUUGUCAGCUGAUCCUGAUAGUAUGACCAAUGUAUUAUGCAUUGCUCAUUUUCUAAUGUUGUGAUCUGAAACAGGUCCUCCGUGUAGAUGCAGAAGGCUGUAAGCAGAUAAUUAAAAUGCGUAACAAACAAGUGAGUAUAAUUUACCACACUAUAAACAAAAAGUUAUCAUACUUUACAACCUUUAUACGGUUUUACAUUUUUCUACUUAUAAUCAAUUUGAACAGGGCUUAUUGUGACAAUUGUGAUGUCAAUUUAUCUGUUUCAGGCUGUACUCAUGGGACACAAAUCUUGGGAAGCGAAUCAGGGUAACAUUAUAUUUGUAUAUGGCCUUGAAUAUGUCAUACCCUGUGAAAGUGACGGCCACUUCUGCUUUACUUCUGUAUCGUUUACUAUGCUGAGGGGCAGUCACUUCCUGGUUACUUUCAGGGUAUUUUUACCACCCAAAAUCACUUAUACAUUAGCUAAGAGCCUCAGUACUCAGAUCAGUGAUGGUCAACUGCAAAGUAUAUUUUUUAAUAAAUCUAUUAAUCGAUAUUACAUUUAUAAUGCGAGUUUAAUGUAAAUGCCCCUGUUUUUAUUGACUUUUUCUAGCUUCAUUGAAAAAACCAAAGCUACGCCAUGGUCCCAGAACAGUGGCCAGUAUGCUGAACCAGAAGGGAAACGAGCAACAGAACAGUCAGCAGCAGAACAGUCAACUUGUGAUGAUGAUUCCUCAGACCUUUGUCAUUACACAGCCUGUAGUACAGUCCAUCCCACAUCCUGCGGUCCCCUCCACUCCAACUUCCAGACAACAACUCAUGCCUUCCACACUUACCCAACUUGGACCCUCUACCCCCAUCCUACCCAUACCCUCCACACCUGGUCAACCUGUACCCUCUAUCCCCAGCCGACCUAUACCCUCCACACCUGGUCAACCUGUACCCUCUAUCCCCAGCCGACCUAUACCCUCCACACCUGGUCAACCUGUACCCUCUAUCCCCAGCCGACCUAUACCCUUCACACCUGGUCAACCUGUACCCUCUAUCCCCAGCCGACCUAUACCCUCCACACCUGGUCAACCUGUACCCUCUACCCCCAGCCGACCUAUACCCUCCACACCUGGUCAACCUGUACCCUCUACCCCCAUCCUACCCAUACCCUCCACACCUGGUCAACCUGUACCCUCUACCCCCAUCCUACCCAUACCCUCCACACCUGGUCAACCUGUACCCUCUACCCCCAGCCGACCUAUACCCUCCACACCUGGUCAACCUGUACCCUCUACCCCCAUCCUACCCAUACCCUCCACACCUGGUCAACCUGUACCCUCUAUCCCCAGCCGACCUAUACCCUCCACACCUGGUCAACCUGUACCCUCUACCCCCAGCCGACCUAUACCCUCCACACCUGGUCAACCUGUACCCUCUACCCCCAGCCGACCUAUACUCCCUGCUCCCAUCCAAUCCUCAACUACAAUAGACAGGGUGAACGAGGAGGCAAAUGAGAAUCAUUCAGGAAAAAAACGCAUUCGCAAACCUACUGAGAAAGCACAGGCCCUCAAGGAGGCCAAGGAUGCUGCAAUUGCUAAAAAGUCAGUGGAAGAGUCGCCCAAACGCAAGAAAGCCCGUACGCGAAGUCCUCCCAAAGAGAGCAUAGUUGUCCAACCUUCUAACGUGGUUCUGUCCCCUCCACAAACUGCCUGGGUCCUGACGCCCAUUGGACUUGUGCCAAUCAGUGGCAUUGGCAUCCAGAUGACACCUCGGAAUUUACCAGCAAAUGCAUUUGCACCUGCUUGUCCAUCUAUUAUUAUCAACCAGCAAGUACCUCUAACACUAAAUGCUGCUGCAGCACAGGCCUCUCCCAAUAUGACCUAUGUCUGCCCAUGUCCCUCUACCCCUGAAGACCCAUCUGCCCUCAUGGUAUCUCCUGCCUCAUCCAUAGGACAGGGAACUGCCUCCCCAUCUGUGUUAACCUCUCUCUCCACCUCCACUACCUUCACAAGCAACACUGCUCCAAGACUGACCAACCCAGUGAACAGCGUGAGAAUAACUAACCCAGUCAUGCAGACUGUGGCAACCGCUGGUCCUCAGCUCAAUGCAGUUUCACCUGUUCUCUCUGUUCGCAUGAACACUGUCAUCUCGGCUCCCAUUAGACCACAGACUGGACCUCCGCAGGCUUUAGUCCUCAACGUCCCUCCAAGCUCCCUUCCAGCCUCAUUCCCACAGAGGGGAGCCCUCCGAAUCGUGCAGCUUAACCCCCCGAAACGUGUCUCUCCACCCCGCAAUCCGGAGCUAAUGCAGUUUGAUCCCAACCUGAUGUUCAUGGAGGACCCGGCACAAGUGAGAGAGUGGUUGAGCGGCAAGCGAGGAGUUGCGCUUCCGGAUUUGGAUGUCACUCUGCCCUACCUACCCCCCUUUGUCAGUAGCCUUAAUACCCUGUCGGGCCUCCUGAAAUGUAAAACGACUUUGGCAAUUAAUGCAAUGCUGGUCCUGCCCCCAGAGGAGAAAGAGAACCAGGAAGAGCAGCAGCAGGUAGCUGCAGUGCGGAGAUUUGUAGCAGAGCGCUUCAGCCAUAACCCAGGCUAUCUGCUCCUGAAGGCUCGCUUCCUGUCCUGUUUCACCAUGCCUGCUCUUCUGGCUACUAUCAAUCCAGUCAAACUCUCCAAGUCCCCCACACCGGACCACAGUGAUGUGGAGGAGGAACCUUUCAGAAACCGUCCAGGGGAGCAGACAGAUACUGGGUAUGAACAGCCAACAACACUCCAGGUGAGUUCAGUCUCAAAACAUGUGUUCGAUACACUGCAAUGCUGUCCUCUUCUUUCACUGAACCACUGAGCUUGUGUUAUGAUCUUUUCUCAGGCCCCUCUGCUAAGCACUGACGGAACAGGACCUCCUGCCACCUUCUUCUCUGGAAUCACCACAAGAAAUAAAAGCCGCUACCUCAACACGGACACAGAGUAAAUGGAAUCGUUUUGGAAUGACGUGUGGUCUUACAGGUUAACCAGGUUUUAUGUUUGAAAGUUCUUUCCAAUUUUGUUGUGAUAUCACUGUCAUAGAAAGCGAUGUUACUGGAAUUGAUAGAGGAUAGCAGUGGAUAGCUGUAUUCUAAGAUGUCACUCAAUACAGAAUAGUUCAGAAGAAUUUUAAGCUGUUGAAAUUGAACUAAAGCAGCCUUUUCUUAGUCAAGAUCACUUUGAGUCAAAA